UACCUGGUCCCAGACCCCCACAAAACAUGUUUUGCAGAACUUCUGCCAACUUCGGGAUAGCUUACCCCCUUCCUAUUCUGGGAAAGGUUUUAUUGCUUGUAGACCCCUCAGAAGGCAGGGUAUGGUGUACGUGGGCUGUUCUCCCCAGCUCGGCCUGGGUCAUGGACAAACGGGCAGUUGUUUGGCCUGAAUCUUGGGGCAAGUUGGGGAGAGCACAUAGACUCUGUGAGUUGCCCCGGAGGGGAGGGGAGGGGGAAGGUGGCAUCCUGGCCUCCAGGAUAAAUGCCUGGAAUAUAGGACAGUGCCACGGGCACUUGGAGACCCUGUCCUGCGCAUCUGCCAAGCCUGGCAAUUUUUAGAGUUUUUUGAAAUGUUUUGAUACUUUUUGAUACAAUUUGCUAAUAACUGUUUUGUAGAAUGUCUGACGGGGGUUUUCCACCUCAUCCCCUUCCUCCGGCCCCUUGAUUUGUGCUGGACAACAGAUGGCCAGUGGUCAGCACCAGGACCUCGCCUCAUGUGGCUUUGUCUUGGAUCUUGCCCUUCUCCGUCACUGAGGCGGUGCAGCUGUAGAAUUUCGUGAAGCUGCAUGCAAAGUUGCACGCAGCCCAUGGGUAUGACUGUCUCAGGCCCCCAGCUGAUUGGCCAAGAGGAAACCUUAACUCCCUUGAAAGGGUCUGCAUUUCUUCCAGAGCUCCUACCUCAGUGGUGUGCACAGACUUGGAGAGACACCUGAGGGCCGGUCCACGUCUCACCUUUGCCAUACGGGUCAUUUCUUGAUCAAAUGUAUUACUGGGGUCCUGGUUUACUCCCGUCCACCCUUUUAAAGUAUUCUUAACAUGAAAUCCACAAAAGCAGAAACAAUGAACCAUUCUUGCACUUUACAGAAUCAUUGUCCUUAGCUUUAGAGGUUGUUAAUUUCUUGUUGUUUUUAACAUGAAUAGAAUGUGUGGUUCUGAAGGUGUGUGUGGGUCUCAAGAAAUUGUCCUUUGGGGCCGGACGCGGUGGCUCACACCUGUAAUCCCAGCACUUUGGGAGGCCGAGGGGGGCGGAUCACCUGAGGCCAAGAGUUCGAGACUAUCCUGAGCGACAUGGUGAAACCCCGUCUCUCCUAAAAUACAAACAUUAGACAGUCGUGGUUGCCUGUAAUCUCAGCUCUUCGGGAGGCUGAGGCAGGAGAAUCACUUGAACCCAGGAGGCAGAGGUUGCACUGAGCUGAGAUUGCGCCACUGCACUCCAGCCUGGGUGACAGAGUAAGACUCUGUCUCAAAAAAAGAAAAGAAAUUGUCCUUUGGUUGCCUUAGUUACCAGAGUUGAAUGAAUGUACACAUUUCGGUAGUUGGGGGGGGGUGGUGGGGCAGAGCGGAUAACCCCUUCCUUGUCUGUUUCCUUUGAGAAAAGACACACCAUCUUUUCACAGUUACUUAAAGCCAUCUUUACAGAUUGCUUGUAAUGUAAGGAAAGAGUCCUGUCCUUUGGAUUGAUUGAGGUUAAGUCAUCAACCACUAGCCCCCUUUCAAAAUCAGCGAGAUAUCUGAUGAUUAAGUGAUUCAUUGGGUAUGUUCUGGCUACUGAUGUUACUGAAAUCUGCAAUCGUGUAUGUUUUUUAAUUUGUUGCUUUUGUAUUUGUAAUUUUAUGACAUUCGAAGUUUCUGUGUCUUAACUCCUUUUAAUUAAUUUUCUGCACGUUGCUUUUUUCUCUGUUUUUAAUUCCAUACAGAGUAUUCAAUUCUUGAAACACAUUAAAAUAAUUUGCUUGCUAGGGUAUGGUUUAUUUUAUAAUUACAUUCCUAGUCUUGUGUGGUUAUUGUAAUGAUCUCUGGUCCUAGCUCUGCCCUUAUGAAAAAGAACCUCUUGCAUGUUGAUCCUAAAUAUAAUUUGGAAAUUAA